AAGGAUUGGGAUCUUAUAAACAAACAUUAAGCUCUCGCCGUCAGGUCACAUUUAUCGCCACCGCUGAGACCGCCGCUUAGGGCCGUCUCCUCCGUUAUCUCCAUAACCACAGCAACCCUCAUCGCCUGUUCCUCGGCAGGAAAAUCCUGUAGAGUCUGAGCCAAUGUUGUCGGCGAGAACCUCAAAAGUUGUGGGUGUUUUUCCCGCCGAUAAAGCUGCUGGCAAGAUGUGUUGGGGUUGGGGUUGGGUAGGAUGGUGUGUAGGGCAAGAUGGGGAGAACUAAGGAACAGGCAUCAUUAACUCGGUUUCCACCCGCCCCUCUGAAAGAUAUUAAAUUUAAAAAAGAUUUAAACAAAGGAAACCAGGAAAAGGGAUAUGUGAAGGCUCUGAAAAGAAAACCUUGGAAAGGUGUGACAUGCCCUGUCUGUCUUGAGGUUCCUCACAACUCGGUCGUCCUCCUUUGCUCAUCUUACCACAAAGGAUGCCGUCCUUGCAUGUGUGCCACGGGAAGUCGUUUCUCAAAUUGUUUAGAGCAGUACAAAAAGGCCUAUGCGAAGGAUGAGAAAAGUGACAAACCGCCGGAGCUAUUGUGCCCGCUCUGUAGGGGUCAGGUGAAAGGUUGGACUGUUGUGGAAAAGGAUCGGAAGUAUCUGAAUUCUAAGAAAAGGUCAUGCAUGAAAGAUAACUGCUCGUUUUAUGGAAGCUAUAGACAGCUCAAAAAGCAUGUCAAGGCAGUACAUCCGAGAUCCAACCCAAGAGCCAUAGACCCUGUGCUUGAGGAGAAAUGGAAGAAGCUUGAAGUUGAGAGGGAGAGGAGUGAUGUAAUCAGCACAGUCAUGUCGUCGACACCUGGGGCUGUGGUAUUUGGAGACUAUGUGCUGGAGCCGUACAAUGAUGAGUAUGAUGAUGACGACGAAGACAGUGAGUCAGAUGAUGGUAUUGAAGGUGGAUUCUUCGAGCUGGGAUCACUUGCAGGAUUUGACAUGAGUCGUAUACAACCACGUUUUGCUCCAGCCAUCUCAAGCCGGGGACUUCGCACUAUUCUCACAAGGAACCGGUGGGUUCGAAGCAGAGGUGUGAGCAGAAGGCGGCAAACACAAGAUUGAUGAUUGAUGAUUGAUGAUUGGAAAGCGGAUGAUUCUACUCCGUCUGACCAAGUUAAGCUCCGAGCUCUAUAAAAGCCACGGAGGGAAAGGCGAGUGGGAACAAAACAAAUGGUUGUUGAUUGAAGUUUUCUAGUUAGCGGUUUAGAGUUUCUUCAGGUUUGGAAGUUUCAGUUGGGUUGGGUGUUACCUCGACCUUUGAUUUAAAAGAGUUCAAACGUUUUAUAUGCUUUUGGUACUUUUUACUUGAUUUGAAAAUAUCUUCGGUGGUUUCUUUUUGUC